AGUUCACGGAGUGGCGCUUAAUAGCCCGUCAUGGUUUUAUUUACGUGGGGCGCAUAAUCAGUGUGGAAAAGUGAUACAAAUCGCGCAAUCGGACAGUGCAAUAAACGGCGACCAAUAAAUUGUAGGUGGUGCGUGCCGCAACAACACGUGGAUAGUCCGGUUAAGGCGGCGGUGAGAAGAUCGAAUCGAAUCGAAUCGAAUCGAAUCGAAUCGAGGCGAGAGUUGGUUGCGUUGUUGUGCGGUGGUUAGGCGGUAUCGGUGGACAACGUGCGUUUCAUGCACUAUUGUUGUUAUUUUGAUGGUCGCAGCAGCCAGUGGCACCAGUGGCACCAGUGACACCAGUGGCAGGCAGUGCAUUCGUGUUUUCGUGUUGAGGCGCACGGUGGCCUAGUCUAUUGUGCUGUGUAGGGGAGGCCGCCAUCCCGGAUUCCCGAAUCGCACCGUCGUCGUUCCUCUUUGAUUCCUGGCCGUGUGCGGCUGGAGGCGUCCGUGGUUGCGGCGGAUGCAAUGUCCGCGGACGGCGAGCGGGGAAUCGAUGGCGCGGCCCCAGGAGCUCUGCGUCGCCUCUGAUGUGUUUUGAAGCGGCCGGCCAUUUGUUAUCGUUCUGUCCUUGUCUGGCCCGGGGCGGAAGUGUCUGCAUCGGUUGGCCUUGGUAACGCGAGGUUAGUGGCCUUAACCACGCGGGAUUGUUUACCCAGUGACAGCAUGCUCGGGACGGGUACGGGUCCAUCCGCCGCCUCCUGCCGUCCUCGCUGCUGCCGCUCUUGAAUCGCUGACGAAGAGUCGCCCGGUUCACGUUCCAGGACCAUCCCACCUGGACGCAACCCCCGAUACCGUUUAUUCAGCAUCGACACAUGGCGUGGCACAAACACGACCAUCAAAUGCUCAUGGACAAAGCUAAACAGAAAAUGCCAGUACCAGUGGCGGUGAGCGGCGUGACGAUGGGCGGGAGCGCCGGAGGCGACGGCACGGGCGGCGGUGGACGCCGUCAUGUGCCCCUGUACGGACGCCUGGUGGCGGACGAAGCACUAGGUGUCGGCACGAUGUCCGCGCCCGGCGGCACCGACAUCCAGGCCAUGCAGGCUCGGAUACCCACCACGUUCCGCGACCCGGCCUCCGCCCCUAUUCGCAAACUCUCCGUCGACCUCAUCAAAACAUACAAGCACAUAAACGAGGUCUACUACGCUAAAAAGAAACGACGAGCAGCCCAGUCACAAAGUGAAGACAGCACGACGAAAAAGGAGAGAAAAAUCUACAAUGACGGUUUCGACGACGAUAACCACGACUACAUUAUUAAGAACGGUGAAAAGUUCCUGGAUCGGUACGAGAUCGACAGCCUUAUAGGAAAAGGUUCGUUCGGACAGGUGGUCAAGGCUUACGAUCACGUGGAACAGUGCCACGUGGCGAUCAAGAUCAUCAAGAACAAAAAACCCUUCCUCAACCAGGCGCAAAUUGAGGUCAAGCUGCUUGAGAUGAUGAAUCGAGCGGACACUGAAAAUAAGUAUUAUAUAGUGAAAUUAAAAAGACACUUCAUGUGGCGAAACCAUCUGUGCCUGGUGUUCGAACUGUUGUCCUACAAUCUGUACGACUUGCUGCGCAACACCAACUUCCGCGGCGUGUCGCUCAACUUGACGCGGAAGUUUGCGCAGCAAUUGUGCACCGCAUUGUUGUUCCUUUCGACGCCCGAGCUGAACAUCAUCCACUGCGACCUCAAACCGGAGAACAUCCUUCUCUGCAACCCCAAACGGUCAGCCAUCAAGAUCGUCGACUUUGGCAGCUCUUGUCAGCUCGGUCAAAGGAUAUACCAAUACAUUCAGUCGAGGUUUUAUCGUUCCCCGGAGGUUUUGCUGGGUAUCCCUUACGAUCUGGCAAUCGAUAUGUGGUCGCUCGGGUGUAUAUUGGUGGAGAUGCAUACCGGGGAGCCACUAUUCAGCGGUGCCAACGAAGUCGACCAGAUGAACAAAAUCGUCGAGGUGUUAGGCAUGCCGCCCAAACACCUACUCGACACUGCCAAUAAAACGAGAAAGUUCUUUGAGAAGUUACCGGGCGACAGAAGGUAUACGCUGAAAAAGACAAAGGACGGCAAGAGAUACAAGAUCCCGGGCUCGCGGCGUCUCCACGACAUACUGGGCGUCGAGACUGGCGGCCCUGGCGGUCGGAGGGCGGGCGAGGCCGGUCACUCUAUGUCCGAAUACCUCAAAUUCAAGGACCUUAUCCUGCGAAUGCUCGACUACGAUCCGAAGACGCGAAUCACGCCGUACUACGCGCUCCAGCACACGUUCUUCAAGCGGACGACGGACGAGAGCACGAACACGAAUGCGAACAGCAACAGCAGCAGUCCGGCCGUUGCUCCUGUCGACGUUGCCCUGACCAACCACAACAAUAGUCAACACGGGUUAAACUUGAUCGGACGGCCGAGCAGGGAGAACAACGUGUACCAGGCGUCGGGCUUCGGGGGCGGGCCGAUGGAGUGCGACCCGUCGCCCUCCCGUCACCCGCACACCAGACGCUACCAUCAGAUGAACUCGCACGGGCCGUCGUCGCUGCCGUAUGCCCCGUACGGCUCCGUGAUAGAGCAGAAGCACGCGGCGCAGAACGGACCACAGAAGAGUACGUCGGGGGAGUCGCGCGACGACAGCAGCCCCAUGGUGGGCGUGUGCGUCCAGCAAAGUCCCGUGGUUAUACACUGAAGGCGUCCCGCCGCCGCCCGACUUGUGCGUGUACAGGAGUCCGUUGAGGUCGGUUCGUUGAGUCGAGAGUGCGACCAAAACAAAUUCAAUGUGGAAACGAGUCGAUUGUACCGGAUUCGAGGACAAUGUUCCGGUGUUCUGGUGUUCCGGUCUGUUCGGUGCGGUAACUCACUUGAAUCGAACGGGCGAACGGGGGCGUGGUCCGCGGAUUUCGGACCGGACGGUCGUGAUUGUUCGUAACGUAUUUGUUAUCUCGAUUAUGUUUAACAUUUGUCGAUUUUUAGAUAUUACCAUGUAUGUGUAAUAUUCCUUUACUGGUUAACUUAAGCAAAAUAAUCGUACCAUUACUUAAUUAUAAUGGCAGGAGUCAUUUUAUUAGAUUCCAUCUUCACAAUAUAUAUUUAAUAAAAUGUAUUCAAUUUUUGUCUUGGAUUUUAUAUUCCUAAACACUAAUUGCUUUAUUAUUUUUUGUUUGAUUACAUGCGUGAGAUAUUUUAUAUAAAUUUAAUUAUAACCAUCAUCAUUUUGAUGGUCACAAGGUGUUCAAAUGUUUACCUCAAUAAUUUUGUAAACAUUUCAUUAUAUGAAUAUUUUAUUUAUUAAUUACGAAAGUUUUUAAGUAAUUAUUUCCCUUGUUAUUACAAAAUUUGCGUCAAAUGUGUACUUAUACUAUAAUCAAGUGUUUGACCAUGUUUCUUUUUUAUUAUUUUUAUUUUUUUGAUAAAACUGAAUAAACUAUGAGAUAUUUAUACAUUAUUUUAUCACAUUUUUGCUGUUAAAUUAUAAGAAAUUAAAAAGCACAUAUUAAAUAAAAACUAUUGAUAUUUUAUACUAUUAACUCAUACCAUAAGUUAUUUGACAUAAAAACGUUUAAUUUAUCAUCAAAAUAUGUUAUAAAUCUCAAACUAAUACUGAUACAUAUCAAUAUUCAUCAAUAUAUAUUUUUUUCUAGUAAGGAAUAUUACAGUAUAUGUUUUUUUUUAAGUUUUACAUUUAAUAUUUAUAUUAUUAUUUAAAUAAUAUCGUUAUAUUGUUUUAUCCAUUUGAGUUACCGAUAAUCGAAACACCGAACAACACCAUCUCUUUGCCUAAGUAUUUGUUUUCACUAGAACAUUAUACCAAUUCUUUAUUCGAUGAAAAUAUCAUCUGGAUAAAUUAUUAUGACUUGAAAUGUAGGUACAUUAUGUAACAAAAACUAAAAUCAUUAAAAAUAAAUUAUCAGGCACAAAAAGUUUGUUUGCUUUCUGUGAUAUAAUAUUAAUGUGAUAAAUUUUAAAGUGUUUUAUUGUUAUUUUAUUUUAAAAUGAUCACAUGUUAUUAUUAUAAAGUAGAUUGGUAACAAAAUGGUAAGUGCAAUUCACUAAAUCAAACGAUGGCAAAUUUGGAAGUGACGAGUAAGACCACGUACUUAAAAAAUGCAUGUUACUCUUUCCUGAGUAGAAAGUGCCACUCUUUCCAUCAUUGAAUUUGUUUAAAUACGACAAGAAGGUCUCACACAAUAACCCGGACGACCUGUACGCAAAUACAAUGCCGUUGGAUAUUUUUAAAUUUCACCCAGACAAUUGUGAACUCGUUGCUCAUUUAUACAAAGAUGAAAAAGUGAUACGAAGUGGAAAUAUUGUGAUUCUCCUGAAGUCAUCAUGUACAUAAAUAGUUUAAAAAUAAAAGAAAUAAAGGCAUAAACACGAACAACCACCCGUAGGCGAAAAACAUGAACGAUUUAAGUGUUAAGAAUAAAAAUUGAUGUUACGCGCAGUGAUGAAUUUAAAGUAUUGUCCAUUCCGACAAGAGACUCUAGCUUGAUUUGCUCUAUUGCAACCAUAAAUUCGAUUAUUUCGUGCGGUAACGUCGUCGAUAGAGCGUCAAUUGGUCCGAGAAUGUCGAGUUUUUACUCAAAAAGACUGAAUUUAUUUCCUACUGAAUCUUGACAUUGUUCAAUCGAUUAUUUAUUUGUUUCUACUACAGCGUUUUAUUUUUACGUGUUAUUAUUUAUUAGUUAUUUGAUUUUUUUACAUACAACUAUUUAUUUAUCAUAUAAACUAGUUCCUAUGUAACGUUGUCAGUUCCCCACCAAUUAAACGCUCUAUCAACUAAAGUACGCACGUAUUUAUUGGUAGUUGAACAAGAACGAUGUUUUCUACGAGUUAAAAAAAUAAACGACAACCCCCUCCACCCAAUUUUUGCGACUGUAUUUAUAUAACAUGUAAUUGGCUCUGGUGAUGUGUUCUCUAAUAUGGAAUUAUCAGUGUCCGCUAAAAUCAAGUUGUAAUUUAUCUCAAGCAAAACCGUUUACAAAAUACAUGUAAAAUACACAUCAACACAAUAUUUAUGACAAUCGAUUAUUUAAAUAUGUUCGUUGAUUCGACGACAACUUGUUGAUUGAUUUGAAUAUGUUAAACCAUGACGUUUCAAUAUAAUAAAUGGAAAUACGAUAUUUUUUGUUCAGAUACUUUUAAUUUUUAGUAAAUGUUAAUAAUAAAUAAUUAACUAAAGAAUUGUAAUGUUUGUAUUUUCCUUUUUAUCCCACUUAAAUAGUUUUUGAUCAAUUUCAAUAUCAAAAGAAUUAGAAAAGUUAAAAUAAAUAUGAAUAAAACUGUUUAAACGUCAUGUUAACAUUUCAUAUGCAAAUUUGUUUUCAAACACACAAUUAACAAUACUUAGAAUAAGAGUUGUUUAUUUGAAAUAGUAAAGGUCAAUUACUCUAUACAAUAAGUUGUUGUUAAAGUAAGUGUAGCAUUGGCACUGUAAUAACACAUAAGAUUAUUAUGUAUAAUAUAUUUUUUUUUACAAAUGAUAAAUAUAAAGUAGUGUCAUGAUGAUAAAGAUUAGAAUUACUAGAAAGUAUUUUGUAAAUUAAUGUGAUAUACCCGAAUGUGAUAUUUCAUGAUUUGAUUUUAGCAAAAAACUAAAAUAAUGCUUGAAUAAUUGUACAUUUUAGUGAUGCCUUGCGUUAAGAAAUAUUUGGAGAAAUUCAUUUUUCUUGGUAUGUUUCUUAAUGUAUGUGAGAGUGUCAAAAACGGGACUAUUUUGUCAACUAAAGAAAUUGUAUAAAUUGUACAUUUGUAUAAUAAUCCAUAAAUUAAGUACUGUAUAAAUCAAGCAACUUUUCAAAUCUUCAUUCUUAAAAUGUACAAACAAUUCGAUGUUCAUAUUUAAUCGAUUCUGUAACCACGUAUAAGUGUUAUUAUUCUAUAUUCAUAGUCUACCAGGGCCAAUAGAUUAUACGGGAGUGAUGAGUGUUUGUUAAAGAACAGGUCGUUAAUUUAAAUGAAAAUCACAAUAAACUUAUCAUAAUUCGCUCCGUAUACAGAACAUAUGCAUUCAAAAUACGUCUUAUUAGUUUAAUGCCAGUGCCAAAUAUCAAAAUUUUAGAUUCGAAAUGAUCCGAGUUUACCUUUCAAAUAUUUCGAUUUAGACAAUUUUUAAAUUUUCCAAACAAUAAAUCUAUUAAAGAAGUAUUUUGAAUGUCGAAUGCAUUUUUAAUUUUUUAAUUUGAGUUUGUCGGAAAUAUUUGAUUCCAAUGCGUUCUAUAUCAAAAAUGUGAUAUGUCAAGGAAUUACAUCAGCAACAUUCAUAUCUAAUGUGUUCUAGAGAUAAAUAAUACGCUUCCCGGCAAAAAUAACCAUUUUUGGAUUUCAAUUCUCCACUAAAGUGAAAUAAUUAUAAAUAACUCCAAUAUGAUACAGGCGUAUUUUUGUCGGAAUGUGUAUCGACACAGGCCUACAUAUAUCUACCUAAUUACAAUAUUAUCUGAUGUAAGUAUAUUUGGCAUGUCAGAAUUAAUCUAUUAAUUGUCAUAACACAGUUUCUAAAAUUUCAUUCCAUUAACUUGCACACAAGUUAAUUUGUGAUCACUAAAGAAAUUGUGUAAAGUACUGAUGUAUUGUUAAUUCUUAUUAAUUUGUAUCACAAGUAUAGUUUAUUUAUGAGUUUAAGGGGAAAACUGACGCUUCUUGUGUCGGUUUAUACCUAUCGUUUUGGUUACUUACAAUUAGUGAUGUAAUUCACAUAGAAGUGUAUUUGUUAAAUCGGAAACUUUUGUGUACAGUGCCCUUCUUAUUACGUUUAGUUCGUGGAAAAAGAACCGCUAUAGUUCAGUUGAUAGUGUACAUUUUACAUAUGCCAUCAUCUAUAACUUCCUAUUGCUCUUAAAUAAAUUUACAAUUGAAAAUA